AUGGCGAAAGUGGUGUACCUGGCUUUACCUUUUCUCACACAACCCUACAAAACCACCACAGCUUCUUUUUCAUCAUCAUCUUCUUCUAAACCAUUGAAGCUUCCACAUAGAACACGCAGCACCAACCUAUCCAUUCCAUCAUCUACCAACGCUGCUGCUAACCGUUCUCUUAAACCCCAGAAGCUUAAUUCAGAUGUUUCUCCUCACAGGGCUGUGUCUGCGGUGAGAUUGAUGAGAAUUGAACUUGGUGGUGCUUUUGCUGACCUUCUUAAUGAGAAAGGGAAAGGUUCUGGUGAAAAUGAGAUGGGUUAUGUUCAAAGAACGCUUGGCUUUCGCACUCGAGAAUUGAACAAUCAAGACCUUAGAUUGGUUACAAACAUUGUUGGGGGUACAAUUCGUUGGAGGAGAUACCUUGAUCAUUUAAUCAGUUCAUUGUGUCACGAUAAAGAUAUAUCUAGUAUGGAACCUCUUCUCUUACAGAUUCUACGAAUUGGCUUCUAUGAGAUUCUCAAAUUAGAUAUGCCACCUUAUGCUGUUGUCGAUGAGAAUGUGCAGCUUGCCAAAGCUGCUAUCAGGCCGGGUGCAGGCAACUUGGUCAACGGAAUCCUCCGAAAGCUAGUUAUGCUCAAGGAAAAUGAAACUCUUCCUUUGCCUGAAGUAGAGGGCAAUGAUCGUUCUCAAGCACGUGCUCUGGCAACUCUUUACUCACAUCCAGUUUGGAUCGUAAGGAGAUGGACGAAGUAUCUUGGUCAGGAAGAAACCAUUAAAUUGAUGAUAUGGAAUAACAGUGAACCGAGUUAUAGCUUAAGAGCAAAUCGGGCAAUAGGUUUUUCAAGAGAUGACCUUGUGACACAGCUUGAUGCGUUGAAGGUCCCAUACAAGCUUUCAUUGCAUUUGGAUGAUUUUGUUUGCAUCAAAACUGGGUUGCAGACCAUCAUUCAUGCCGGCCUACUCAAAAAGGGUUUAUGUUCAGUUCAGGAUGAGAGUGCAGGCCUGAUAGUUUCUAUUGUGGAUCCUCAACCCGGUGAAACCAUCGUUGAUUGUUGUGCUGCUCCUGGUGGAAAGACCCUCUACAUGGCCUCUCAUUUAAAUGGACAAGGUAUGGUAUAUGCAAUUGAUGUAAAUAGUGGUAGGUUGAGAAUUCUUAAAGAGACAGCAAAGUUGCAUCAAGUAGAUAGUGUCGUUACCACUGUCAAUGCCGAUCUUCGUACAUUAACGGACGGUGAACCACUUAAGAGUAACAAAGUUUUGUUGGACGCACCGUGCUCAGGGCUUGGCGUUCUUUCAAAGAGAGCGGACUUACGUUGGAACCGGAAUCUGGAGGAUAUGGAAGAAUUGAAGACAUUACAGGAUGAACUCCUCGAUGCAGCAUCCACAUUGGUAAAACCCGGAGGAGUAUUAGUUUACAGUACAUGCUCCAUAGAUCCUGAAGAGAAUGAUGACAGGGUAGCUGCAUUUCUAUCAAGACAUCAUGAUUUUCACAUUGAUCCUGUAGACCGAUAUGUUCCACCUGAUUUUGUGACGCCAAAAGGUUUCUAUUUCUCCAACCCAGUAAAACACUCACUCGAUGGCUCUUUUGCUGCUCGUUUGGUGCGCGCUUUGUAA